AUGAGAUCCGCACUCUUUAUUGUCGCUUUAUUCCUGUCUAGUGGAGUUAGUAGCCUAGACUUGAGACUCGACAUUGCUGGAGGCAUUUGUCACAACAACACUGACUUCGACCAGACAUUCCAAGACGGUGUCAUCCCAGGCACCCAAGAAGUCAUGGAUAUCUCCACCACAACCGAAAAUGACGACGAGAUUCGAAGAUAUGGAUUCUCAGCAUUUCGAGGGGAUGAACUGCCAACGGAUUCAGACGAAUUCGCACAAGGCGCUGCAAUACACGCUCCCGAGUACGAAGACAACAAUCUAAGAAACAGAGAAUUGACUCGUUUGGAUUGCCCCGUCUACAGGGAAUGCCCUGGCUCCGGAAAUCCCACACACUGGUGUGCAUGGAUCUGUGGAUACUGGACAAACCCCAGAGAUCAUGGACAAAGACCAGAAGAAUCCGAGGGCGGCCGCUUCCUGCGCCGUGUGACAGAAGAUCUCAGAAUACCAGACGAAGAAAUGUCAGAACUGCAGACUCUGCAACUAGAGCCAAUCCGCUACACUCAUGAAGACAGGGAGCUAUGGCUCACCGUCGAAGGACUCGUUUGUGGAUGGAUACAACGAUGGCUGGACACACGACUUUCCAACUGCCUACACGGUGCCCAAUUGGUCACCUGUGAACUCGAUCUUUUCAGAAGAUGA